UGGGUCCAUUACGUUGGGAAUAAACCAUGCACCGGUGGCUGAAAAUGAAGAACCUCCGGAAAUGGAUGAAGAUGAUCUCACCCAAAGGGAUGAACCAGCUGAGACGGAAGGUCCAAUGACAGAAACUAAGAGGGGCCGGAGAGCGGCUAAGAUGCCUCGUGGAUGGGGUGGGGACAUCCCAAUGGUUGUGUUUAUGGCUAGGGAUGGCAGAAGCAUCAUCGGGCUAGAUGCGAAGGAUUACAAAAGUGGAGUUGGAGUCAUCGCCAGAAAUGGGAUGCGUCUUCCGUUACGGUAUUCGAGUUUCCAAGCAAUUCCCGAACAGUUGCGGCAAGGUGCAUGGAUUGAGAUACGGGACAAUUGUGGGCUUCCGGAUUCGGCAGAGAAGGGUGUUAUGGGUGACCUGAAGGAUGUCUGGCACCAUUGAAAAUGCAUCAUGAAGUCUACAUACUUCGCACCACACCAGAACGGCAAUGAAGCAUUGAAGAAAGUCCCCACCGAUCGGAUUGUCGCUGAAGAAUGGCCGUUGCUUGUCCAGUAUUGGAAGGAGGAGAAGGAUAUUGCAUGGAGAAAUACCAAUAAUUCCAUCAAAAGAAAGUUUCCGCACAGGACUGGCCGGAAACCAUUCACAGCGUUGGUGGAUGAGAUAAAGGCAACCGGGAAAGGGGCUGAUAAUUUGGAAAUUUGGAUGUCGUCUCGCACGAAUGGACGUGGUGGUGAUGAUGAGAUGACUGAUCAUAUUUUGGCUUAUUUGAAUAAUGAACUUAAUAAAAUUCCUGUUGAUAAAAGAACCCCGGCGGCUCAUGAGGCUUUGUACCGCCGUGCACUCGGGGGGAAAAGGAAUAGAAAAACAACUGUUGAUAGUGCUACCAGCUCUGCCUACCCCUAAAGUCAUAUGACUGGAGGGACCAAUGGUCCUGAUCUCCGAAAGCUUGCUGAGGAUUAUCAGAAAGGCCUUGUUGAGAUUAGGGAAUUUAUGUCUGAAUUUAGGAGUGCCCACGCUGAGAUGUCUGAAAUUAGAACCGUUCGUGCUGAGAUGUCUGCUUUGUUGAAUUCUUCCCUGCGUGCCUCGAUACGGGGCCCUUGUUCUAGCUGCACAGAUGGAAGGUCAGAGACGCC